UGAUGUAGAUUAGAAUUUUCGCUGGACUCCAGAAACCCUAGCUCUUGGUCUUGGGCAUCAGAUCGGAGCGCUCUGUCUCCCUCCUCCCUCCCUCUUUCUGUGUGUCUCAUAAAACCCCAGCAGCUUCCCCCCUCUUUUGCAUCGAAUCGAUGGGCAGUAUUGCGGGCGAUCUUCGUUUCCGUUAUGAAGGUAGUAUGAUGCAUUUGACGCCUUUCCCUGUCUUAUUGGGCAUUCCGUUGGAGAUCGAAUACGUUAGUGAUAUGGAGAGCAAAGCAAAGUACAUAUUAUUGUGUGGGAAUCAGAGUGGUUUCAUUGAAUUGGCCAAGGAUAAGGUUGACGAUACGUUUUCUUGUAUCCUUGUGCACACAGAAGAGCCCGCCACGUACUGGGCGGUCGACUUUGUAAAGAAGAUGAAGGAGGAUUUGGGUCUCCCAGUGUUAGCUGUCGGGGACAGUAGUCCACUUGCGGUGAAGAGUUUUUCUCAUUUCGUAGCAGGAGGAUGCGAUAUAAAGUGGUUGGGACUCCGACCUAGUGAUCUGGAGAGCACUGGUUUAUCUGAAGGGUGUAUGCUGGCCAUGAGGAAGGCUGAUCUUGAGCUAGCGCAACAACUGUUGGAAGAAGAUAUCGUCAAGAAGAAGCCAGAAUGGGUUAAGGAGCUAAAGAUAAUGGUCAACAACCAGCGCAAGGUAGAAAUUGAGGCAUUGUCCUCAAUUGCGUGGUACUUCUUCCCAAGGGAUUAUCUUCCACGGAAGAUGACACAGCAGGAUUGGAUAUGAGUCUGACUGAUUCAUAGCUAGCGAGCUUUAAUUAGUGCGGACAAGGAAGGAGAAUGGUCACAAGAAAAGAAUUGGGCAUAGGGCAUUUCGGUGAGACCCUUAAUUGUGCUAAACUAAUCUUAGCUUAGAGAAUUUCCUGAUGUAUCAAAGACAUGGCUACGACAUUCGGAAAAGACUACGUUAUUUGGUUAUGUAUUAGUGACAUGUGCUGUAUUUCCUUUUGGGUGUUGAAAGACUUGUAAUGUUGCUAGUUUUCAUGGGGUUAUAUUUGAUACGGAACGCCGGGAAAUCAUGAACUUGUUAAUCUAAAUCUCUUAUUGUUUUUUUUUUCUUUUCCAUUUUUCAAU